GUCAACUUCCUAUAAUGGGCGUCACCUCCUCGCUACGUCUCGACUGAAAAAGGUGUGGCGACAACCAAAAAAACCGUGAAGUGACUGCUUUCACAUCGAUCCUGUCCUCUCACUUCGAUCCCUAUAUAACAACAAAAUGUCUGUUUGGGAUGACUUGAAUUCACUGCUGGACUCCCCAUCCUCCCUCACUGUCACUUCCAAUGCGAGAGGAACUGUGAAGGAUAAAGUCAAUUUUAAAGUGGACGAGGAUGUGGCUGCACUGAGAAAGGCCAUUGAAGGUCUUGGUACAACGGAGAAGACAUUGAUCGAGGUGUUGACCCAAAGAAGCAAUGCUCAGAGGCAGAUCAUUGCUAAAGCCUAUGAGAAGGCCACGGGAAGGAAAUUAAUAGAUGACAUUGAGGGUGACACACAUGGAGACUUUGAAGAUUUGUUGGUGGGUCUCAUCAAACCUCCUGCCGUCUUUGACUGUCAGGAAGUCGUCAGAGCCAUUAAGGGAGCCGGGACGACUGAAAGCACUCUGACUGAAAUAUUUGCUUCAAGAUCCAACAGUCAGAUCCAAGAGCUGUCUGAAGCAUACCUGGCAGAAAAGGGAAAGGCGUUGCUGCAUGAUCUGAAGUCUGAGGUGUCUGGGGAUUAUGGGAAAGCGCUGCUUAUCUUAGCUGAGGGAAAGAGAGAUGCAAGCACCAAUGUGGACUCUGCCAAAGCUAAGGCCGAUGCAAAGGCUCUGUAUCAGGCAGGAGAAAAGAAGUGGGGCACCGACGAGGGCAAGUUCAUCGACAUCCUGUGCCACAGAAGCAUUCCUCAACUCCGACAAACGCUCAUCGAGUACAAGAAUAUCAGCAACAAGACCUUGCAGGAGAGUAUUGAGAGCGAGAUGUCUGGAGACCUGGAGGACCUCCUGGUGGCGAUUGUGAAGUGUGUGAAGAACGUUCCAGCCUACCUUGCGGAGAGGCUUUUCAAGAGUAUGAAGGGAGCAGGAACUACAGAAGCCACUCUGACACGGAUACUGGUGAGUCGCUCUGAGAUCGACCUGAUGGACAUCAGAGCAGAGUACAAGAAGCUGUUUGGAUAUUCCCUCUACUCACAGCUAGAGUCUGAGGUAUCUGGUAGCUACGGCAAUGCUCUCAAACAUCUGUGUGGACAAGAUGACUAAGACACACUCCUGGUGUCAGCAGAAGAUUCACAGCAUCAACACCGACAGUUAACACGAGUACAAUGUCUAAUGCAAAUAUCAUUCUUCGAAGUAUACAAAUAAACAAUUUCUGUUAGAUAUUCCUGUGUUUUCUGUUAGAUAUUCCUGUGUGUAUUUGUCAACAUAUGGUUGGGUCAGUUUUGUCUGACUGGAAUUGUUUUGCCAAUAAACAAGAAAACAAACCAAACAAGAA